AUGAAGCGCAAGGCUGAGCACAAAGUCGACGGCUCCAAGCCUACCAAGAAGCGUUCCAAGAACACUCUGUCCGACGACGAGGCAAAGAAGCGGUUCCGGAAGGGACUCUUCGACAAGGACGUCCUCGAGGGCUACACCACCGAGUACGCCGAAUCUAGCCCCUACAAGCACAGCGUCAUCCAUGGCCUGGUCGACGACAAGCUGCUGCGGUCCGUCCGCAACGAGAUCCGCGACAAUGUCUCCUUCACCCCCAAGGAGACCGACAUCUACAAGAUCCACCAGUCCGGCGACCUAGCCAACCUCGACGGCCUCGACGACGAGGCUCUGGCCAAGCUGCCUUCUCUCCUGGCUCUCCGAGACGCCAUCUACUCUCAGUCCUUCCGAGACUAUGUCUCCCACAUCACCGGCUGCGGUCCCCUGAGCGGUCGCAAGACGGACAUGGCCAUCAACAUCUACACGCCCGGCUGCUAUCUCCUGUGCCACGACGACGUCAUCGGAAGCCGCAAAGUCAGCUACAUCCUCUACCUGGUCGAUCCGGACAUCCCCUGGCAGAGCGAGUGGGGCGGAGCCCUGCGCCUGUUCCCCGUGAGCGACCGCAAGGGCAAGGACGGCGAGGUCGCCAAGAUUGUGUCGCCCGAUGUCGUCAAGGUCAUCCCGCCCGCGUGGAACCAGCUGAGCUUCUUCGCCGUCCAGCCCGGAGAGAGUUUCCACGACGUGGAGGAGGUCUAUCACGCCGAGACCAAGAAGGAGCUCGAGAAGAACGGCGGCCGGAUCCGCAUGGCCAUCAGCGGAUGGUUCCACAUCCCGCAAAUAGGGGAGGACGGAUACGUUGAGGGCGCGGAGGAGGCACAGGCCAAGAACAGCGGCCUGAUGCAGCUGCAGGGCAACCCUGAUCAGCACGACCUGCCCCGGGCCAAGGUCGUGCCUGUGGAUGAGAAGGAACGGAAUGGCGACGGCGAGGACUUUGAUGAAGCCGACCUCGAAUUCCUGCUUAAGUAUAUCGCCCCUACCUAUCUCACACCCGACACCAUGGCCGGCAUGGCCGAACACUUUGAAGAGAACUCGAGCAUCACCAUCCCCGAUAUCCUGAACAAGAACUUUGCGGAGAGACUGCGAAAGUAUGUCGCCGAGCAAGAAGCCAAGAAGCUGCCCGAAGACAGCGCAAAGAUCGAGAAGAAGACGUCCUGGAAGGUGUCUCGGCCUCCGCACAAGCACCGCUUCCUCUACAUGCAGCAGGGCGACGCGAAGGACGACUCGCCCGUCAAGGAGCUGGUGGACGUCCUGCUGCCCAGCAGGCAGUUCCGCACCUGGCUCAAGAUGGCGACGAAUACCGAGAUCGAGUCCCACGACAUCGCGGCGCGCCGUUUCCGACGCGGCCUCGACUACACGCUGGCCACUGGCCACGACGGCAAGCCCCGCCUGGAGCUCAACCUCGGCUUCACGCCAACCUCUGGCUGGGGUGAUGGGCAGGACGAUGACGACGACGAAGACGGGGAGGACGAGGAGGAAGAGCAGACGAGCAAAAAGGGCAAAGGAAAGCAGAACGGCACCAAUGGCAAGGCCAACGGAAAGGCCAAGGGUAAGGGCAAGGCUGUUGCCAAGGAGAAGGAGGAGGAAGAGGAGCCGGAGGAAGUCGGCGGGCACGAGGUGUACAUGGCUGGCGACGAAGACGGUAACGAGGAUGCUGCCAUCUACAAGUCGAGCAGCGACGACGACAACAUCCUCUUCUUCCAGGCCGCGGCGUGGAACAAGAUGACCAUCGUGAUGCGCGACAGCGGCGCGCUGCGCUUCGUCAAGUAUGUCAGCCGCAAGGCCAAGGGCGACCGGUGGGAUGUCUCGGCGACGUUCGAGAUUGAGGAUCGAGACAAUGAGGAUGACGAGGAGGACGACCCGAACGCGGACAUCGUCGAGAGCUCGGAGGAGGAGGAAUUCAGGGGCUUCUCGCCGAGCGAGGAUAGCGACUCGGAUUAA